AAAAUACGAUAUUAAACUGUGCUGUGUUAUGAAAUAUGUGUGGAAAGAUCAUACAAACAAUGACUAUGAUUCAAAGUGCAUACUGUACUGCAUAUCAUUUCUGAGCAAAGCCUUAUACACAUUUUGUGGUAAUUUUCCAUCGGUUUCUGGUUUGUUUGUCAAUAACAAAGUGGAUUCUUUGGAAGAGGGGAAAUGUCGAAUGCGGUGAUGCCGGGAAGAGAGAUGCACAGCCACGCGAUCGGUAUAGUUGGUUGGUUGAUGGACUAUGGAAUGGGUGGGAGUAGGAGGGGCCAGUAAUGAGAGUGGGAAGGCGAGAGCGAACCGGGUCAAAUCAGCGAUGGCUCACCCAGAUUCCAAUAAAUCGAAUUCAAAAUCUUGUUAUCGUUAUCGGACAAGAGUUGGGCUACAAAUUCCGUUUGCAUUGAUUCAGUUCAGUGUAGAUUUCCACUUCACAUAAGCCAGUAGCAUACACUUAUGGCUAAGUUUAUAAAUGAUAUCAGUAAACUCAUUGAUUCCUGCAGAGGUCGAAUGGUUUUGAUGGAGGCGUUAUGCCAAGGUGCCAAAUUGGUGGCAGGAUACCACAUCAAGCAAUGUUCCAAUGUCUGCUUAGAAAACUCUGGUGAGCCACCCGUGCUCCAGUACACUCUGGACUGCGAACUGAACGACUAUGAACCGGAUCGCAUUACGGCUCUAUUGGCGGUGAUGUCCAAUGCGGUGGAUCUGCUUUUCUAUCCCGUCGACAAACUUUUGUGGCUGUCUAAGAAUGUCAGAAAACAGGAAUCCUGGCGCUAUGUUAACUCCUUACUUUGCAUGCUCUCUGUUUACCUAAAUGUCGUGAGAUCAUCAAGGACUUUCUCACUAAAAGGCUAUAAACUAAGUUACCUGAAUGUUUUGUCCCUUGCUCGCCUCUUGGUCGAUCUGGUUCACACCAUCUGCUUUGUGACAAGGGGUAACCUGUGGAGCAUAAAGCAUUCAUUCCUUUACAUGAUAGCUCUUGGGACUGUUUCCACGGUACUGGGAAUGUGUCAGAUCUUGACCGGAAGACAGCUGAAGGCCAAGUAGAAGGUUUUACCAUUAAAUCCGAUUUUGGUGAAUGAAAUUUACAGAUAGCCGUUAUCAUAUUUUUGGCACGCUGAUAUUGAUAAGAAAUUUAUAUGAGCCUUCAGUUGGUAAUCGUGUAUUAAUGUGUACAAAUAAAAUAAUUUUAAAUACAUUUACAUUACAUCUACAUUUAAAUUUGUUUUAAUGUUUGUGCAUUUUCUUGUUAUUGCAAAUGUAAACGCAAUAGUUAUCAAAAAAAUGCCUAAUCAGAGGAACAAAUAAUUUUAAAAUAUU